GUGUUCUCCAUUGUUAAGUAAUUCCUUCUGGGUUUGAUUUCUGAGCAGAAGAAGAAGAAGCAAAGAUGGACAUAGCUCUCUUUUCCCCAUCUUCCCUUUUUGCCAACGACGACGACUCUUCCAGUGGUGAGGAAAACACAGAGACCCAGCAAAGCUUCGUAGAGAGGAAGCAUCAGUUUCCUGGAAUGGAGUUGAUCGUUCGAGAAUUUUCAUUUCAUCAGCUGAAUGCCAAUUUACUCUGGCCGGGGACAUUUGCAUUUGCAGAAUGGUUAAUUCAAAACAGGCCAUUGAUUGAGGGACGGCAUUGUAUUGAACUGGGCAGUGGUACUGGUGCUUUGGCCAUUUUCCUACAAAGAUUGUGUAAUCUUGACAUCACUACAUCAGACUAUAAUGAUCAAGAAAUUGAAGAGAAUAUAGCUUACAACUGCAGGGUAAAUGGAAUUGCACCUGCUCUCCCUCAUAUAAAGCAUACCUGGGGUGACAGCUUCCCUAAUAGGGAUCCAGACUGGGACCUAAUUAUUGCGAGUGAUAUCUUAUUGUAUGUGAAACAGUAUCCAAAUUUGAUAAAAAGUCUUUCGUUUCUCCUCACAUCUUACAAGCCAAAGGAGAAUGAAUCACAGCCUCGACCCAAGGACGAGCCAACUGGACAAUCUUUCAGUUUACCUCGGCCGUCAUUUCUGAUGAGUUGGAGACGAAGAAUUGGAAAAGAGGACGAAUCACUGUUCUUCACAGGGUGUGAGGAUGCUGGUCUUGAAGUAAUGCAUCUGGGCUCCCGGGUGUAUUGCAUCAAACCUAGAGAAAGUACUACAAACGGCGACCAAAUAGUGAAUUCUUAGAAGCUUUACUUAGAAUUAACCAUCUUGUAUUGGCAUGCCCACCAUUCUUUUCUUUAGUGGCUGAUGUCUUUGAGCGAUCUGCAAUUUGCACAUUGGAAUUAGGAAUAUGAACUGAAAGAACUAGUCUUGAAAAUGGUUUUGUAUUGUUGAGCACAAUUGUAUUUACUAUUUAGCAUGUGUAAGAUUUAAUUUGCAACAAAUUUCUGGGGGAUGAUUUAGUUGCUGAAUGGUUUU